AUUAAUAUCUUAGUUGAUUGCAUUAAUGGACAGGCCCUUUCACCCGUCCAGACUCUCUUUUCUUUUUUGCUCACUCUCACGCAUAUUGCAACUAUACCCCACCCAUCGUCAUCAGUCUGGAAGACAACAGGGCAUGGAGGAAGGUUAUAACCCUUAUUGUUUGUUGUAUCAUGACACUCUUCUUGGAAGAGUCAACUGGUCAAGGAUGCGGUGGAUAAAUGAAUUAUGGUUAUCGAUGGGACAAGUACAUCCCUAUACAUUCAUAUACCAGUGGGCGCCUUGAAUCGUAG